AACGUCCCACAUCGUUUAGCUGUAAGUCACUGCGAUAUUGUAUUAUUGAUGACAAAACAAAAAGAAGAAGAGAAUAUAGACCAGACAGUAUAUUUUAUUUCAAUUGAUUUAAUCGAGAAAUAGCACAUAUCUGAUCUGAUCUGAUCUGAUCUGCAUGUAGAGGGAUAUUUAUGAAUUUGUUUCUAUAUUUCUAACUAAUUACUAUAUUAUCUCGAGAAGUCAGCCAUACGUAAUGUACACAUACCCACGCAUCGGGACAGAUGGCAGGUUUUAGGACAGCCUGAAAUUAUUGAGACACAUAAAAUUAAUGUUAAUAUCUUCCUUCCUCCUCCUCCUCCUCCUGCCUGCCUGCCUGCCUGCCUAUAUAUACCCCACGCCCACUUCCAAUUUUCCUCAAUAUCGGCCUCUAACCAAGAUUAUUACAUCUCCCCAACAUUCAUUCAAUUCUAAAUAGUAAAGCAUCAGAUCAUCAGAUCAGAUCAGAUCAGAUAUAUACACACGCACAUACAUAUGGAUUGUGGAGAGGCAUUAAUGUCUAUGCUCCCUGUCGUCGUUCCAAUCGUGUGUCUUAUUACAGCCAUUUGUUGUUGUUGUGUCGUCGUCGUCUUUUCAUUAAAGAACACAAAGAAUCGAAAGCUUCCUCCAGGCUCCAUGGGAUGGCCGUACAUUGGAGAAACUCUCCAGCUCUAUUCUCAGCACCCCAAUGUCUUCUUCUCCACCAGACAGAAGAGGCAUGGAGAGAUCUUCAAGACACACAUCCUGGGCUGCCCCUGUGUGAUGCUGGCCAGCCCCGACGCUGCCCGGUUUGUCCUGGUGACUCAGGCCAGUCUGUUCAGACCUACCUAUCCCAAAAGCAAGGAGAAAUUGAUUGGCCCCCAGGCCCUGUUUUUUCACCAGGGCCACUACCAUAUCCGCCUCCGGAAACUGGUCCAGGCCUCCCUCUCGCCGGAGGCCCUCCGCCGCCUUGUGCCGGGGAUCGAACGCCUCACGGCUUCUGCAUUGGCCUCACAGGCUCCCGGACCACCACCAAGAGUCGUUAACACUUACACUGUAAUGAAAAUGCUGUCUUUUGAAGUGGGGAUACUGGCAAUCUUUGGAAACCUGGAGCCUCAUUACAAGGUGGAAUUGAAGAAGAAUUACAGUGUAGUUGACAGAGGAUACAAUUCAUUCCCAACCAAUCUACCUGGCUCCAGUUACCGAAAGGCAGUUAAGGCGAGGAAGAAGCUGAGUGAGAUAUUGAGUUGCAUUACGAAAGAGAGGAGAGAAAUGGUGACUGAGAAGGACGACGAUCUUCUGAGCUGUCUGAUGAAUUGGAAAGACGACAAUGGCGAAAUCUUGAGCGAGGAUCAGAUAGCCGAUAACAUAAUCGGAGUUCUUUUCGCGGCUCAGGACACGACGGCAAGUGCCAUGACAUGGAUUCUCAAGUACCUCCAUGACAACCCCAAGCUUCUAGAAGCUGUCAAGGCUGAGCAGAUGGGUAUUUACCGAAUCAAUGGCAGUGAAGGUGGUUUGACGUGGAAUCAGACAAGAAAUAUGCCCUUGACGUCCAAGGUGAUUUUAGAGAGCCUAAGAAUGGCCACCAUUAUAUCUUUCACGUUCCGAGAGGCAGUGACAGAUGUGGAAUACAAAGGAUACCUAAUCCCGAAAGGAUGGAAAGUGAUGCCUUUGUUCAGGAAUAUUCAUCACAAUCCAGAUUUCUUCGCCGACCCUCAUAAGUUCGAUCCAGCAAGGUUCGAGGUGGGUGGUGUGAAGGCGAACACGUUUAUGCCGUUCGGGAGUGGAGUUCAUGCCUGUCCGGGCAAUGACCUCGCCAAGCUCGAAAUGCUCAUUCUCGUCCACCACCUCACCUCUCGAUUCAGGUAUGAAUUGGUGGGACGUGAAAGCGGGAUUCAAUAUGGUCCCUUUCCCGUCCCACUCCAUGGAUUGCCAGCAACAUUUUCAAAAUUAGAUGAUAAUCAGGACUGAUCAUCAGAUCCAUCAAUCAAUCAUAUAUAUAUACAUAUAUAUGGGCCGGAGCAGACAGACACAAUGACCAAACCCUAGAAAGAAUUCUAUUUCGGAAUAUAAUUCGGGAUGGGUCGGAAGGCAUGGACGAUCGAUCGCCAAAUCCAAAUUGUAAUAAUUCUAUAUAGAUAUGUUACUUACUAUUGAAUUAAUUGUAUUGUAUAUUUGUAUUA